CUCUGCCAGUCCCACGGGGCUGUGGGGCUCCCACCCGGCACAGCACUAUCUCUGUGCCCCUCUUCACGGCCGGGUGGCUUCUUCAGCACCCCCGGCCUGUUGGCUUCAUCACUGGAGAAACUGGCUCUGGUCUUCUGCCCACCCCAGGAAUACUAGGAUUGCUGCAACAUUGUUCUCUGGAUCUGCUCGGAUAGGGAAGUCUCGCUUUGAGCCGUGCCCACGGACCUUAUUUUAACCCAAUGCAGGCCAAACCCAUUUACGGUGGCUGGCUGCUGCUGGCCCCUGAAGGAACGGACUUUGACAAUCCUGUCCAUCGCUCUCGGAAAUGGCAGCGCCGGUUCUUCAUCCUCUACGAGCACGGGUUGCUGCGCUACGCCCUCGACGAGAUGCCGACGACGCUCCCACAGGGCACCAUCAACAUGAACCAGUGCACGGAUGUGGUGGACGGGGAGAGCCGCACAGGGCAGAAAUUCUCCUUAUGCAUCCUAACGCCAGAGAAAGAGCACUUCAUCCGGGCUGAGAACAAGGAGAUCAUCAGCGGGUGGCUGGAGAUGCUGAUAGUCUACCCAAGGACGAACAAGCAGAACCAGAAGAAGAAGAGGAAGGUAGAGCCCCCAACUCCACAGGAGCCUGGCCCUGCGAAGAUGGCUGUGACCAGCAGCAACAUCCCCAGUGCUGAGAAAGUCCCCACCACCAAGUCCACAUUGUGGCAGGAGGAAAUGAGGGGCAAAGAGCCAGCAGACACGAACAGCAGCAUCAGCCCAGCACAGAGCCCCGUGCAGGGGGCUGCCAGCUCCCUGAAGGAUCCCGUAUUGGACAGCAAGGAAGACGAGAGCUCCAUGAAUGGGGACCGGAUAGACUGUGGGCGGAAGACUCGUGUUGAGAGCGGCUACUUCUCCUUGGAGAAGACCAAGCAAGACUCGAAGCUGGAAGAGCAGCAGCUGCCUCCACCACCGAGCCCACCCAGCCCCAGCACCCCGAACAACAGGUACAGUUAUCCCAAAUCGCCCUCACAGGAGCAUGCCCAGCCCUUUCCUUCCCCAGGUACCCGAUCAGGCGACCGAGUGAUUCACAGCUUUUCUCUGAACUCCUUGGACUCGAAGAGCAGUUGCCCCAUGCACAAGGACUCCAGCAGAGAUGUAGGAAGGGGAGCUGAAAAAUCGGGGCGUCCCCUUUCUUUUAAAGCCAGCCGGCAGUACACCACCCUGGCCGACGUUCCCAAGGCCGUUAGGAUCAGUAAUCGUGAGGCCUUCCAGGUGGAGAGGAAGCGGCUAGAGCGGAGAACCCGGGCACGUAGCCCUGGGAGAGAAGAAGUGGCCCGGCUCUUUGGCAAUGAGAGAAGGAGAUCUCAGGUAAUUGAGAAAUUUGAGGCAUUAGAUAUCGAGAAUGCAGAGCACAUGGAGACGAGUGUGCCAGCAGGAGCUGCCCUUUCCAGUGAGACACGGCAGGGCAGGAGUGAGAAGAGGGUUUUCCCACGGAAACGGGACUUCACGUGCGAAGGGACAGCCAUGGGCUCCAUCCUGGAUGUGUCUGCAUCUCCGUUGUCCCCACACCGCCGGGCCAAGUCACUGGACAGAAGGUCCACAGAGUCCUCCAUGACGCCUGAUUUGCUGAACUUCAAGAAGGGCUGGCUGACAAAGCAGUAUGAGGAUGGGCAGUGGAAGAAGCACUGGUUUGUGCUGACUGACCAAAGCCUGAGAUACUACCGGGAUUCGGUGGCGGAGGAGGCAGCAGACCUGGAUGGGGAAAUUGAUUUAUCAACGUGCUAUGAUGUCACUGAGUACCCAGUUCAGCGGAACUACGGCUUCCAGAUCCAUACGAAGGAAGGGGAGUUCACCCUUUCUGCCAUGACGUCUGGCAUCCGUCGCAACUGGAUUCAGACCAUCAUGAAGCACGUUCGCCCAACCACUGCGCCUGAUGUAACGAGCUCCCUACCAGAGGAGAAAAGCAAAACGAGCUCAUCCUUUGAGCCCAGCCCAAAGCCCAGCGAGAAGCCGGAUGCGGAGCAAACUGAGCUGGACUCAGAGCAGAAGCGGAGCCGUGCACGGGAGCGCCGGCGAGAAGGACGAUCCAAGACCUUUGACUGGGCUGAGUUCCGCCCCAUCCAGCAAGCCCUGGCUCAGGAGCGUGCCAACGCCGCCGACUCCUCCAAGAGUGGCACCGCUGCCUUCUCCAGGGACAGCAGCACCGCCGACACCGACCCAGGCGAGCUGGAGCGGGAGCGGGCCCGGCGGCGCGAGGAGCGGCGCAAACGCUUUGAGAUGGUUGACACGGUGGAUGGAGCAGGGCCAGAGGAGACAUUGAGGAUGGAGGUGGAUCGGAUCCUGCCUGUCCCCGCAGACAUCAAACCGCAGAACGUCCACGUGGAGAUUGAGCAGCGGUGGCACCAGGUGGAGACCACCCCGCUGCGGGAGGAGAAGCAGAUCCCCAUCGCUCCUCUGCACCUUGCUCACGCUGAGGAUCGGGAUGAGGGGCUGGCAAAGCAGCACCUGACCACACUGCUGGAGAAGGAGCUGGAGCAGAAACAGAAAGAGGCCCUGGAGCUCCUGGAGCAGAACCGACACCUGCAGGACCAGCUGAAAGUGGCACUGGGUCGGGAGCAGAGUGCCCGUGAGGGCUACGUGUUGCAGACCGAGGUGGCCGCCUCGCCGUCAGGUGCCUGGCAGAGGCUCCACAAAGUCAACCAAGACCUCCAAAACGAGCUGGAAGCGCAAUGCCAGCGUCAAGAGCUGAUCAAUCAGCAGAUCCAGUCGCUGAAGCGCAGCUAUGCCGAGGCUAAGGACGUCAUCCGGCACCACGAAGCUGAGAUUCAGAGCCUGCAGGCGAGGCUCAGCAACGCGGCGGCCGAGCUCUCCAUCAAGGAGCAGACCCUGGCCAAGCUCAGGAGCGACCUGAGGAGCGAGAAGGAGAAGGCCAAGGAGCAGCUGGAGGAGUGGCAGCAUGGCGAGGCCGCACUCAGCUCCCAGCUGAAGGCCAGUGAGCAGAAGCUGAAGAAUGCUGAGGCUCUGCUUCUUGAGAAGACCCAGGAGCUGCGGGACCUGGAAAUGCAGCAGGCUCUGCAGAGGGACCACCAGAAGGAGGUGCAGCGGCUGCAGGACAGGAUCGCGGAGCUGAGCAGGCAGCUGAAUGCCAGCGAGCAGACGCGCAUCCUCAUGGAGGAGAAGCUGCAGAAGAAUUAUGAGGCUUUGCUGGAGAGCUGUGAGAGGGAAAAGCAGGUUUUAAUACGGAGUCUGAAGGAGGUGGAAGAUAGGGCCAACGAAUAUGAGAAUCAGCUGCAAAAUAGCGAACAGCAAAUGGAAAUUCUGCAGAAGGAAAAGCUGAGUGCAAAGUUCGAGGGCAGUGAGCUUGUCCACCAGCUAGAGGAGCAGCUGCUGCUGAAGGAGGCCAGCAUCCAGAAACUGGGCGAGCAUAUCAAGGAGCUUGAGAGGGAAAGAGAUCAGAUCAAAUGUCGGUUCCAUGAGCUCAUGAAUCAAGUUGCUGAGUCAGAUAAUGAGGUUGCAAAGCUGCAAGCCAAGUUGAAAAUGGAAGAGACCAACUACCACAAUCUGGAGCAAUCAUUUGAGGAGGUGUCAGAUCAGUUCCAGGGUGUGCAGAAAGUGCUGAAAGAAAAAGAGGAGGAGCUGAGGCAUGUUAAGGAAAUGCACUUGAGAAUUGUGGAGAAGAAAGAUCAAGAUCUCAGCGAGGCUUUGGUUAAAAUGGUUGCUUUGGAUAGCAGUUUAGAGGAGACUAAAGUAAGGCUAAAGGCCAAGGAGGAGGCUUUAAGGAAAUUAAGCAGCGUAGGUGCAGGGCCAUGUGCUGAGGAGGCGGAAGAUGUUGGCUGCCAUCUUGAGGCUGACGAAAGUCACCCACCUCAGCUGGGGCAACCUCUGCCAACUCACGAUGCCCUCCCAGUUCUGACCUAUGCACUGAAGGAAGAGGAGGAGGUCCUUGAGACCAGCCAAAGGCAAGCGGAGGAAUUUGACUCCCCUUCCAAAGCUGCGGAGCUCCAGGACCAAGAGUUGGCUCAGAAAGCCUUAGCAAAGCCUGAUGUAGGAGUCAUGGGGGCCAAGAGGCAGAGAAUCCGUUUCUCGAGCAUCCAGUGCCAAAAAUAUAUCCAUCCCGAUGGAUCGGAGAAAAACUGGACGAGCAGUACCUCUUCUGACACCAGCCAGGACAGGUCCUUGUCUGAGGAAAGCAUGUCUUCAGAGCCAGCUCCUGGCUAUCCGUCAUCAGCGGCAAGCGACUCCGAGACCUACCUCUCAAUCAUCCACUCUCUGGAAACCAAGCUGUAUAUUACAGAGGAAAAACUGAAAGAUGUAACCAUGAAGCUCGAGAGCCAGCACGGCCAUAACCAGGAGACUCUCAUCGCCCUGCACCACCAGUGGGCCAGCACGGAGUCUCAGCUGCGGGAGCAGCUCCAGAGCAGCUUAUCCCAAGUCAGUGCUCUUGUCUCGCAGCUGGAGAGUGAGAGGCAGGAGAAGCUCAAGCUCAUAGAAAAUCACGUUAGCGAGCUGGGAGGUUUCCAGGUGAAAAACGAUCAAGCGCUGGCUUGCUUAGAGAAGUGCAGGGAGCAGCUCAGAUCUCUGCCCAAGUCAGAUAAGGAGCAAGAGAGCGAUUUGUUCCUUGUUACUCUAUCCAGCAUGGAAACAACAUUAUCGAGUGCAAUCCAGGCCUUGGGAGGGGCACCGGCCCCACCUGAAGGGGGGGUGCUGGGUGAAGGGGAGCCCGUCUCUGAGCAGCCGCCAGCAGGGACUUUUGGUGCGAGCCAGUUGAGGUGGCUGUCUGAGAGAGUGGCCUUUGAGGCCUCUCUUAUCAGCCAAAUAGCAGAGUCUCUGAAAAAUGCAGGCUCUGAGAUAUCGCAGCUUCUCAGGGAGAUCCAGGGGACGGCAGAAGUGGCUCUGAUAGAGCCGGCAAGUGCUUCUUGCACAGCAGUUGACUUGGCCGGUGUCCUAUCUAAGAAGCUGCUGCUGGAAGGGGAGUUCUGGAGCCAGGUGGAGGAGCUGAGAGUGCACUUGAGCACCAGGGAAGGAGAAGCAGAGGGCAAAACAGAACCAGCAGGUUUGGGCUUUUCUCAGUGUUUUCUUAGUGCUGUAGCAGAUGCUACAUUGAUCAAAGCAGAACUUGGCUUUGUGGCACAGAAGAUGAGGGAAUCUUUUCACCAGAGAUUAAAAAUGAUCGAAGAAGACCUCCAUAACACCAAAACAGCUCUCCAGCAGCACAAGUGCAUGUUGGAGGAAAUUCUCAAAGCUUAUAGGACUCCUGAUUUUGACAGAGUUGUGCAUCAGAUUUCUGAAGUGCUUGAAAUUCAGAAAGAUGCUUCAGAAAGAGCCCAGAUCUCCUGGGAUGGGAGCAGCCUCCAAAUGGGACCGUGCCAGGAGGAGGCCAAGAUGCAGGAGGUUUGUGGUCUAUCAGGCAGUGGUGAAGCUCUUGUUUCCGUUCAGGAAGAUCUUGCCCAACAACUAAAAGACAAAUCCAAUGUUCUUAAGGAAAUCUCAGUUGCCUUACUUUCUCUGCCUCCUGAGGAGGCCAUGAGAGAUUGCCAGAAGCUCUUCAAGAUAUCUCAGAGUCUUUCAUAUCACUCAUGCAUGGGAGACCUGGAGCGCUACUCCUCUUUGUUAGUCCAGGAUGCAAUAGUUCAGGCUCAGGUUUGUUAUGCUGCUUGCAAGGUCCGCUUGGAGUACGAGAGAGAGCUGAAGUCGUACAAAGAGUCUUUGCAGAGCAUGGAUGCACUGUGCCAGGAGCGUGUGAAGACUGUCUCCCUGCUCCGGGAUGAGUAUGAAGAGCUGCUGAGGAAGCAGCAGGGUGAGUACGGUGAGGUGAUCGCCAUGCUGGAGCGGGAGAAUGCCGACCUCAAAGCCAAGGUCUCCCAGCUGGAAGGGCAGCGGAGGCUUUUGGAAGAAGAGGAGCACAAACACAGCAAAACUUUGAGCGAGUUGCAGGGCCGGUACGAGGAGGAGAUUCGGAACGUGAUUGAACAGCUGAACAGGACGGAGGAUGCUCUGAAGGCUGAGAGGACGGAGGGCCUCAACCAGCUGGACGCCAUCGUCCGCGACAAGCAGGACAUGGAACGCUACCACCUGGAGCAGAUGCAGAUGCUGGAGGACAAGUUCCAGGCCAAGAUCAAGGAGCUGCAGGCCAUUCACGGCGAGGAGCUGCAAGCUCUGCAGGAGCACUACAGCCAGAACCUGCAGCGCCUGCAGCACGCCCUUGAUGAAUACCAGCAGCAGCACCCCGAUGCGGUCCCUGCGGUGGGACCGGGCGGUGGGGAUGGCUGGGGGGCUGGGGAGCCGGGUGGCACCGGGCAGGGACCCAGCGGGGACCUGGACUCCAUGCACGGCCUGCGGGAACGCAUCCAGGAGCUGGAGGCCCAGAUGAACGUGAUGAGGGACGAGCUGGAGAACAAGCACCUGGAGGGCAGCGCUUCCAUGCUGAGGGAAAAGUACCAGAAAGACUUUGAGAACCUAAAGGCAACAUGUGAGAGGGGCUUUGCAGCCAUGGAGGAGACGCACCAGAAGAAGAUCGAGGACCUGCAGCGGCAGCACCAGCGGGAGCUGGAGAAGCUGCGGGAGGAGAAGGACCGCCUGCUGGCAGAGGAAACAGCUGCCACCAUUUCAGCCAUUGAAGCCAUGAAGAACGCACACCGGGAGGAGCUGGAGCGAGAGCUGGAGAAGUCGCAGCGCUCACAGAUCAGCAGCGUUAACGCCGACAUCGAGGCCCUCCGGAGGCAGUAUCUGGAGGAGCUGCAGUCGGUGCAGCGGGAGCUGGAGGUGCUGUCAGAGCAGUAUUCACAGAAGUGCUUGGAGAACGCCCACCUGGCGCAGGCGCUGGAGGCUGAGAGGCAGGCCCUCCGUCAGUGCCAGCGGGAGAACCAGGAGCUCAACGCCCACAACCAGGAGCUGAAUAACCGCCUGGCUGCGGAGAUCACGCGGUUGCGGACCUUGCUGACCGGGGAGGGUGGAGGAGAGGCUGCUGGGUCGCCUCUCACCCAGGGCAAAGAUGCCUACGAGCUGGAGGUCCUGCUGAGGGUCAAAGAGUCAGAAAUCCAGUACCUGAAGCAGGAGAUCAGCUCUCUCAAAGACGAGCUGCAGACAGCACUGAGGGAUAAGAAAUACGCCAGCGACAAGUACAAAGACAUCUACACAGAGCUGAGCAUUGUGAAGGCCAAGGCAGACUGUGAUAUCAGCAGGUUGAAAGAGCAGCUGAAAGCAGCCACAGAAGCUCAGGGAGAGAAAUCCCCUGUGAACACCACUGUAUCGGGAUAUGAUAUUAUGAAAUCAAAAAGCAACCCUGAUUUCUUGAAGAAAGACAGAUCCAGUGUUAGCCGGCAACUAAGGAAUAUCAGGUCAAAGAGCCUGAAGGAAGGCCUGACCGUGCAAGAACGCCUGAAGCUUUUUGAAUCCAGGGACUUGAAGAACGACUAGCUCUCCCCGCUCCGCUUCACCACGCGCACCUCUCGGCUUGAGGCAGCACAGCACCAGCACCGUUCGUCCCACGCCGCUCACCGCCGUCCUCGCUGACGUUUGGCCCCACAGCUCCCUCACCAACCCCCCUUUUCCCCGCUUGUGAGACGCUUCUGAGACUCUUGAGAGGGAGAGGAAGGGAUUGGGCUGUGGGUUUUGUGGGUUAUUAUUAUUAUUAUUAUUAUUAUUUUUCCCCCCUCUUCAGCGCUUUGUAGGAGAACCCUUCCUUUACUGUAAACCAUUACACUAAGUGUCAGUAUUAAGGCUCAGUAGCCUGUGAAUAAGCUAGCUCCGUCGUACCAACAGCUUGGUAUGCACGCAGGGCUGGGUGGCGGGGGCCAUCCCUCUUACUACUGUCACGAGCCCCCAGUGCUCAGAGCACACCGGGAGCUUCAUUUGCCGUUGAUUGCGUCGACUGCAUCUCUUGCAUUUGCAAUAGGGGAAAGCCUGUGGGAUGCUGCCAGGGUGCCUGGAGGAGCCACGCCGAUGCCUGGCUGGCAGAGGACACAGUGCCUGGGCACCAGCAUUGGGUAGGGGCUGCUGUGGGCACCUGGUGCGCAGGGGGAGAGGGGGAAGCGUUCCUGGGGCUGAGCUGUGAGGUCACUUCUUGCCUCUCCUAGAUCCAGCCCAGCACUGUUUUUUUGCUGUUACUCCCUUCCUCUCAUUGAGUCCCGUGUAUGUUAGGGUCUGUGCGCAUGUGAAACUCCCUUUUCCUAGUUCAAGGAAAGUAGAGUAGAAAGUAGAGCCAAUAUUGACUGAAAAUGCACAGUGCUCAAUGCAUAUAAUGCUCCUUUUUUAUCAGCUUCUUGAACUCAACUCUUCCUGUCAGCAGGGCAGCUCCUAUUUUAAUUCGUUUAUCUUUUCCUGAAAUAAAAGUCUGAAAACCAGUCUGUGCUUCAGACCUGCUCAGUCACAGCAGCUUCUGUAUGCGGAGCAGGCAGUGCCACGAGGUCCAUAGGUGAGUGCAGAGCUCGGUGCUGGCUGCAGGAGCAUCUCCACAUGCUUUGUGCACCUACAGAACCCAGCUGUGAGUGGGGUAAAUCAUUGCCCCAUCGCUCCCCAGUCUGACAUGGCCAUGUCACUUUGGAUUUUGGGAGAUUUUCUAGGUGGAGCUGAGCUGUUUCUUGACUUCUCUGUGCUCAGGAAGCAGGUGUAUGUGCUCUUGUGGCUAAUUUGGGUCUCUUUGGGCAUGGUGUGUGGCCAGCUGGGAGGUCCAUCUGCAAGGAUAGAGCUCUCACUGAGUGCUCCAGCAGUGCCACCAGGCAUACAGAGAUGUUCUCCUGCGCUGUGCCUCCGUGCCUGGCUGUGUGUGGGAAUCCUGGAGAUGGCAGCAGGGAUCCUCAGCCACUCGGAUAUGAAGGCUCUUCCCUCUCUGGCAGGUGUCCGCCCUCUCAGAUGUUCUGCUGUGCAGCCUCACCCCAACCUGAGCUCACCAUAGUGUUCUCCAUCAUCCAAGCACUGGAGGAGCCUUGGUAGCCCGAGCCUGGAAGAGGGACUUGGUGAUCAGGUGUGUGCUUGGGGCCUCUGCCAGCAUCUUGUGUGACUGCAGGGUGAUUUGGUGGCACUGAUUUGCACGGGCUUUGCUCUGCUCUUGGGAUGCUUUCGUGCCCUGUGAUCUCCUGGUACAUGGAGCGAGGAUGGUACGUGGCAUCAUCACUGUCACCACUCAUCUCUCCCGAGGCUGCACUGGAUACAGGAGAACGCCUUCCUCCUUUCAAGAAGCACAGUAGGACUUUGUCCUUCUCAGCCACCUGAGCAGAAUGUGCCGAUCUCCCUCUUGCUAUGUGGACUCCAACCGUUCUUACGUUCCACUGGAAAGCCUUGCUUUAUUUUGCUGACUUCAUUAUUUUAACCAUGAGCACCACAAGGGCCACACCUUGCUAUCUCACUGCACAGCACGUGGGAGCUGUGCAGGAUGGGCACUGACUGAUGCCACUGAGCACUGUAACUCCCUAAGAGAGGAUGCUGCCUGCUGCACACGUGGUUGUACCCAGCUCUGGCUGUCAGAAGUGUCGGAGAACCAUCUUGCACAAAUGGCUGCUUUCAUCCUUAAGGCAGAACAUGGUGGAUGUGGUGCAGCUAUGUGGGUGCUGCAGGAGAUAUAACCCAGUGCAGGGAGACCAGUGCCAAAUGGACUGACCACAGCUUUUGGCUCAGCACACAUCAGUGUGUUCACGUGGUUUGUGAAAACAGGAGAUGAAGGGCUAAAAGGUGCUGCAGUGGAGAUGGAAUUGAGAUCUGCUGGGGUUACUGCUACUGGGGAAGCUUGACUGAAUGCACAGCUGCUCCAGCCCUUCAGGGGGCUGCUGGAAAUGCCCUGGCGGCAGCUUCCCUGAGCUCUAAAAUACCAUAAAGCAAAGUGGGGAUGCUCUGCUGUACCUUCCUGCAGCUGCACUGCUUGCUGGGGGUGAGCAUCCCUUAAGUGGGAACAAAACAGGAGCACUGCACAGCAGGAGCAGUCUGGGGCAGGGCUGGGCUGUCCCCUGGGCUCUGCCGUGUGGCAUCUCUCCAAACUGGUUGCAGCCCUCUGCCUCGGUGAGAAAGAGAGGAAGGGCAGCUCCAACGGACAGUGGGGAAGGGGGUGAUUACUGCGGAGAGAACAAAGCCAGCCAGAAAGGUGGUGGCAGUGAUCCGGGGUUAUCCCGCUUCUCUCCUGCUCUGGGCAUCAUUCAUCCUCUUGCCACUGAAGUGACACAGCUGCAAGUGCAGACAGUUCCUGUAAGGGAUACUAGGACUUAUUUUAUCUUCUGCAUAAACUCCUCCCACCCUCAGCACUGUUACACAGCUCACAGCUGCUGCGUUCCUGUGCUGCCGACGCAGAGCUGUUUGCUGUGACCACUUAUGCACGCAGCACGGCUUGCUUUGCUUUUCCUCUUCCCCAUCCUCUUUUUUAAAAGCAAAAACGCUUUGUUAUUCUCUUUCGAACGUAAAUAAUUUAAAAGCUGUAUAGUAUUCCAAGUACGCAAUGUAAAUAUUUGUGACUCAGAAAUCAGCAGAGGGCUCUUUUGUGACAGCGUUAUGGUUUUGAUUUCACUGGCUGGGUGAGAGCUGUCACCCCCUGCCUGCCUGCCCUGACGGGCUCUGCUUUGCACUGUUAGAAAUAGCUUCUCACGCCUUUUCUGCUGACCUACCCUUGAGUUUCGGUGAUACCUGGCUGAAGAAUGCACACGGUCGGUUUGAGAACUGUAACUUCACUGCGCCGUAAACUUUUGUCCACCCUUGAACUGAACGGCACCACCAUGGAGCAGAGCAAAGCACCGCGUGGGGCAGCGCAUGCAGUACUGCGUUUGGGCUCUAUGCAGGUGCUGUGCAGCUCAUCCUGCGCGGACACACAGCCUGCAGCCCCUCACUGCCCAAACGCAGCUCGUGGCGCUGGGCUGAGUGCGCCGGUGCACAGUGCUGCACACAGCCCCACAGCAGGGGAUGCAGAAAUGCAAUGAGCGAGGACAGGGCAGGGAGGGGAGGCUCACCCCACAGCUGCACUUUGAGACAACCGAAAGAAGGCGCGGGUGUGGGAGCUGCUGGCAGAAACCUGAUAAGCCCAUCAAGGUGGUAGCAGCUGAAGGCAGCCAGCUGGCCAUGAGCUGGCAAGUAAUUAGUGCAAUUACAAACAAUUAUUUUCUCAUUCUUCCUUCUUUACGCGCUGAUAGUGCACAGGAUGUGACAAGAACACUGACUCUUUGUUCUAAACCAGAGAGAGCAAAGUAUGUUGCAAAAAGCUAAAGGUGAUGGCAGGUAGGCGAUAGAUCAGAGCGGAUAGUCCUUGACCCGUUCCUGGGACCGGUGAUGUGGAUGGCUCCAGUUUUUAAAGAAUUCAAUUAUUUGAAGGGAUAAAGUUUUGGGGAGAGAGAAAGGAAUGCUGCAAGUCUUUGGGUGGCAUCAGCAGCAAUCAGCACUGGUGGUGCACAGCAUAAGCCACUGCCCAAACCGCAGCCAAAAGGACUCCUGCAUUACAACACGUGGUGUGCUCUGCCCUUGUACUCAAGAGCUCUGUGCUCCUAAUGGAAACGAUGAGGGGCUGUGAGCAGGAGCUGAGCACAAGAUUACGUACCCAGAUGCAGCAGCCAGUCCUCCACACUAACCUGCAUUUGGCAGCAGCGAUGCUGCAGCAUGCACACAGCACCCAUGCAGGUGGGGACACUGCUGCUGGCAAACCUGCAGCUGGAGCCCAGCACAGGAGGCCAGGGAGCACAGCCGUGUGCAACUCUGGCUGUAUGCAGCCCCAAGGGCCUCUCUUGCAUCAGAUCCAUCCAGGAAACGAUGCAUUGCACGUGAUUCCAUUCCCUCUGCCAGGGGCUCCUGCUUCUCUGUGUGCACGAGUUCCUCGCCUCUUCCCUCCUCCUCUCUUCCACUCCUGUUUUAUUCACUGCUUUUUGAGGAAUCACUGUUCCUGGUAACUGUUCUCUGUAAUAGAAAUCACUUUUUUGUCACUGUAUUUAUUCCUUAUACAACCGUGUGCAUCAUGCUAGGUUCCCAUGGAUGUAGCUGAUCAUUUUUAUUUUGUAAAUAUAAUUACCUAACUUUACGUAAACGAUAUCCUAAUAAACUAUUUUUGCACCACC